GAUGGCGCAUAUCACAAAAACUUAUCCUCCCAUGGCAUCAAGAAUGUGGGCGCCUUUGUGCUGAAAUACCAAGAAAUAGGUCCAACCGCUCUAAAAAAGCUGCUUGGUAUCAAAGUUCCAAAGAAAACAUGGAUGAUGAUGGUUGCAAACGCUUUUGAGUGUCAAAGUUAUCCCAUAUUCGAGCCAUCCUCAGAGGUAUAUUUGUCGUUAAAUAAUGUCUCGGGAGAUGAAGCUUUCAACGAAGGCCUUGACAUUCUUGAGCAAAAUAAUUUGGAGUAUGCUGGUGAGAGUCCACGAAUGUACUUAACUGAGGAUGACUUUGGAUAUAGGCUUUUUGAGCUUGCUGGUUUGCCGUCAUUGCUUACCAGUGAAGCUCCAGCUUCAUAUGACGCAGCUGCAGCCACAACUAUGCAAGCACUCACACCCAACACGAUCAACGACAUUUGACAAAGUAAGUUUCCAAACUCAAAUGAUUCAUACGAAUCAAUAUCUUUUACCGUUCUAUGCAACAAUAACUUAAGUCAGACUCUUUCCUUUAGAUUUGAUAUAAACUUCACCUUAUUCGACAUAUACCUCUGGUAUAUGUAAAACAUUUCGUAUUGGUGGUUUGUUUUAAUUAGUUGUCUGUUACUUAUUUUCUCUAUGAUUCAGACAUUUGCAUCCUUAAAUUCUGUCAACUAUA